UUUGGACUUUCGCGACUUACAAGACGCAGCAGCAGCAUGCAGGACCAGUAACACAGACGGGGGACGCAGGCCGCGCCUAUCUGGAGAUCUGCAUUCACAAGCAUUCUGAAGUUUGUAGUUGGGCGAUUGAGUGAAAGCAGAUUGACACGAUUCACGACACUUGCAAAGGCGAGCGACAAUUGGCGCGCCACCGGUGACGGGCGAUGAGUGAUCUCGAUGAGCAUAUCCAGAAGCUCAAGAACUGCCAGCUCAUCUCUGAACAUCAAAUACGCCAACUAUGUCAUAAAGCGCGGGAGAUUCUGAUUGAAGAGGCGAAUGUACAGGUCGUCGACACGCCCAUUACCAUUUGCGGCGAUAUCCAUGGCCAGUUCCACGACUUGAUUGAGCUGUUUCGCGUGGGAGGAGAAUGCCCAACGACCAAUUACCUCUUUAUGGGCGAUUUUGUCGACCGCGGCUUCUACUCGCUCGAGACGUUCUUGCUUCUACUUUGCUACAAAGUGCGGUAUCCAGAUCGCAUCACACUCAUCCGGGGGAAUCACGAGUCAAGACAAAUCACACAAGUGUACGGCUUCUACGAUGAAUGCGCGCGGAAGUAUGGGUCGAGUGCCGUAUGGCGGUAUUGCUGUGAGGUAUUCGACUAUCUCGCCUUAGCAGCCAUCACAUCGGACGGCAAGUGGGUCGCUGUUCACGGCGGCUUGUCACCCACGAUUGCAGAGAUUGAUCAGAUUCGUCUACUCGACAGAAAACAAGAGGUACCGCAUGAGGGCCCAAUGUGCGAUCUCCUAUGGUCCGACCCAGAAGACGUGCCCGCUUGGGGUCUCAGCCCACGCGGCGCUGGCUUCCUCUUCGGCGCCGAUGUCACAAAACAGUUUUGUCGUCAAAAUGGUAUAGAGAUGAUUGCACGCGCGCAUCAGCUCGUCAUGGAGGGGUAUCGCGAGAUGUUUGAGUUGCCGCCCACUCAUGACCCUGCAAGACCGGAUGCAGAGCAAGAUCCACCCCUGGAUAUGGAGGAACGACGGGAGGGAUUCCCACCGGUCCAUUAUGGGCGUGGAACAGGUGGUGUGGUGACGGUAUGGUCGGCGCCGAAUUACUGCUACCGAUGUGGCAAUGUCGCUGCCGUGCUCGUCCUUGAUGAGCAACUUGGGCGGACGUACAAGAUCUUCGAGGCUGCAAAGCAAGACACGAGUCGAUUGCCAGCCAAAAAGGCGGCAGUGGAGUACUUUUUGUAGUCUUGCACAUAAUCAUCUACACAAGCCAGCAACUAUCUAAAGCUUAGGUGUGUCGCCAAAGCUCUGCAAGC